AUGGCCUCUCAGGUUAAUGGCCACAGGUCAGGCUCUGAUGCCCAAGGAGGAAAAUCCCUCAGAGAAGACCUACAGGAGCUCCUGGGCGGGGAGGCCCUGUUGCACGAGCUGGAUGACCUCACCAAGGUGAAUCCUGUGACGCUGGAGACAGUCCUGAGGUGUUUGCAGGCUCGGUACGCAGCGGACAUGUUCUACACCAGUGCUGGCUGCACCUUGGUGGCUCUGAACCCCUUCAAGCCUGUCCCUCAGCUCUACUCACCAGCACUGAUGAGAGAGUACCACGCUGCUCCUCAGCCCCAGAAACUGAGGCCUCACAUCUUUGCUGUGGGUGAACAGACCUAUAGGAAUGUCCAGAGCCUGAUCGAACCAGUCAACCAGUCUAUCAUUGUCAGCGGAGAGAGUGGUGCUGGAAAGACAUGGACAUCCCGCUGCCUGAUGAAGUUCUACGCUGUGGUGGCUGCCUCACCCACAUCUUUGGAGAGUCACAAAAUUGCAGAGAGAGUUGAACAGCGCAUCUUAAACUCCAACCCUGUCAUGGAAGCUUUUGGGAAUGCGUGCACACUGAGGAAUAACAACAGCAGUCGCUUUGGGAAGUUCAUCCAGCUACAGCUGAACAGUGCCCAGCAGAUGACUGGAGCUGCAGUCCAGACGUACCUCCUAGAGAAAACUCGAGUGACCUGCCAGGCCUCCAGUGAGAGGAACUUCCACAUCUUCUACCAGAUCUGUAAAGGAGCCAGCGUGGAUGAGAGGCUCCAGUGGCACCUCCCCGAGGGAGCAUCCUUCUCUUGGCUACCUAACCCAGAGAGAACCUUGGAAGAGGAUUGUUUCCAGGUGACCAGAGAGGCCAUGCUUCAUUUGGGCAUUGACAUCCCCACUCAGAACAACAUCUUUCAGGUCCUGGCUGGACUGCUGCACCUCGGAAACAUCUGGUUUGCUGACUCUAAGGAUGAAGCCCAGUCCUGCCAGCUGAUGGACGAUGCCAAGUGUGAGAACAAGGAUGGGGGUCUGUGUAUCAGCUUUGGUCACACACCCGGGGAGCAGGGCUCUAUCAGGACAUCAGCCUCACUGCUGCAGCUUCCAGAAGACCCACUGCUGGAGACACUGCAGAUUAGAACCAUCAGGGCAGGCAGGCAGCAGCAGGUAUUCCAGAAGCCCUGCUCCCGAGCCGAGUGUGACACUCGCAGAGACUGUCUGGCCAAACUAGUCUACGCACGGCUGUUUGACUGGCUGGUAUCCGUGAUCAAUAGCAGCAUCUGUGCAGACCCUGACUCCUGGACCACUUUCAUAGGCCUGCUGGAUGUAUAUGGAUUUGAAUCAUUUCCCAAUAACAGUCUGGAACAGUUGUGCAUCAACUAUGCCAACGAGAAGCUACAACAGCACUUUGUGGCUCACUACCUGAGGGCUCAGCAGGAGGAAUAUGCAGUUGAGGGCCUGGACUGGUCCUUUGUCAACUACCAGGACAACCAGGCCUGUUUGGAUCUCAUUGAGGGAAGCCCCAUCAGUAUCUGCUCCCUCAUAAAUGAGGAAUGCCGCCUUAAUCGGCCAAGCAGUGCAGCCCAGCUCCAGACACGCAUCGAGAGUGCCCUGGCAGGCAGUCCCUGCCUGGGCCACAACAAGCUCAGCCGGGAGCCCAGCUUCAUUGUGGUACAUUAUGCAGGGCCUGUGCAGUACCACACGGCAGGUCUGGUGGAGAAGAACAAGGACCCUGUCCCCCCUGAGCUGACCAGGCUCCUACAGCAAUCCCAGGACCCCCUACUCAAGGUGCUAUUUCCUAUGGACCCUGAAGAGAAGUCCCAGGAAGAGCCCUCUGGCCAGAGCAGAGCCCCUGUUUUGACUGUGGUGUCCAAGUUCAAGGCCUCCCUGGAGCAGCUUCUGCAGGUUCUGCAUAGCACCACGCCCCACUACAUUCGCUGCAUCAAGCCCAACAGCCAGGGCCAGGCGCACACCUUUCUUCAGGAGGAGGUCCUCAGUCAGCUGGAGGCCUGUGGCCUUGUGGAGACCAUUCACAUCAGUGCCGCUGGCUUCCCCAUCCGAAUCCCUCACCAGAACUUCGUGGAACGAUAUGAAUUACUGAGAAGGCUCUGUACUCGCACAUCCCCUGGAUCCCAUAGCCCAUCUCCUGAUGAAAGACAUUCAGAAUGGUCUCCACAUACCAAGGGAGCCACACUGCAACCUCUUCUCCAGGACAUCCUCCAUACUCUUCCAGCUCUAACUCAGGCAGCAGCCACACCUGGUGACGCAGCCAAGGCCACACCAGUCCCAGUGCAUUGUGGCAGGACCAAAGUGUUUAUGACUGACUCCAUGUUGGAGCUUCUGGAAUGUGGGCGUGCCCAGGUGCUAGAGCAGUGUGCCUGCUGCAUCCAGGGAAGCUGGAGGCGACACCGGCACCGCAAGCAGGAGAGGCAGAGGCAGGCCGCCACGCUCAUCCAGGCAGCCAUUUGUUCCUGGUUAACUCAGAAACACAUGUGGCAUGCAGGUGCCACAGCCAUCAAGUGCACAUGGCAGAAAUGGAGAAUCAGAAUGGCCUUCCUUGCUUCUAAAGAACUAGAUGGUGUAGAAGAAAAACACGUUCAAGUUCCUCUUCCCAUGGGCUCCCGCCUGCUGCCCCAGGCACAGACCAGCCUCCUGGUGGCAGUAAUCCAUCUCUGGCCCCUAGGCCUGGACUUGGCCAAUGUAGCUGUGGGUGUAUGCGGCUUUCAGAGGAAGCUGGUGGUCUGGGCCUGCCUCCAGCUCCCCAUGGCCAGCCCAAGUAGCUUCACAGUCCAGACAGCACAAGAACAAGCUGGUGUUGCAUCCAUCCAAGUGCUGCCUCAGGGCUCCAUCAAGUUACACCGCAGAAAGUGUCCAUUGUCUUAUACUGACAUCUGCCCUGAACCUUCACCCUAUAGUGUUACUGGCUUUAAUCAGGUUAUGCUGGAAAGACACAGCUUGGGCCACGUGUGA